CUCAUCAGUUCAAGAGGCCAUAGCGCAACAAAGGCUCACUCACUAUCUCAUCUGCAAAGCGUUCAUGAAUAAAAGUCAACCCAGCUGUUGCAAACGUCAAAGGGCCGAUAGUGCAGAAGACAAUCUGCGUUUGUUUGGCAUCAAUACGGAGCUGCUUGCAACCAACAUCAUUGUAUCGAAAUAACUGUACUAUAAACAAUUAGAUCGCUUGAACACCAAGACGAAAGAAUUUUUUCCAAAAAUUGUCAGUCUGACAACGCGCCAGCAUGUAAACAUGACCUUAGAGAAGCUGGCCAGUCUGGGCUGGGAGGUUCUUCCUCAUUCAUAUUAAAGCCCGGACUUUGUGCCAACUGACCAUUUACUUCGCAUCCUGCAAAACCAUACUGACAACAUACCGGCCAAUGAAAAGAUCUGCCGCUGAAGACUGACUUCAAAGAAAAAUCCGGCAUUCUAUACUCAUAGGUUUGAAAAUUUGCAGCAAAGGUGGCGAGAUGUGAUUGAUAUUGAUAAUGUUUACCUACUAGGCCGAACUUUAAAUGCUGUUGCCAUAUAUACAUAUAUUUUUUUUCAAAAUGUCUAAAUUUCACCGUUACAACUUGAUAGGUGUUUGUGUGACGUAUCUUAGACAUAUUUCAAAUAAAAUGUCAUUUUUGUGACAGAUAAGUGAGAAUUUUCGAAUACAAAUUUAUUUGAAUUAAUCGAUAUAAAAAGUUAAACUACCAAUACAUUAAACAAUGUCAUUAAAUCGCAACAAUUUCCGCGAUUAUCUUGUUGUUUCCUUGGAUGAUCGAUUGUGUAAUAAUCGCCAUGAGUAAAACGAAAUCUCAAGAUAAACAUCGUUUAGUUAAUUUCGUUCACGAAGAUCUAUUAUGGAAAGAUCAGAUUCAUCGCGAAGAGGCCGCUGCAAGAGAAUGGCCUAAUAAAUGGGGUUCGAUUAAAGAUGAAUGCUUAAGACUGCAACAAGAACUGCUAAAGAUUCCAGCGGAAACUAGUGAAACAAGAUGCGAGUAUAGCUAUCCCUUCUGUUUAGAUGGAGGGGAGAAACAAUCAGAAGAUGGAGAGAAAGGGAAAAUAAUUAUUCCCCCAUAUCCGAACACCAGUUCCAGAAUGAUCGGAUGGUUAUCCUCUCGAUCCGAACUUAACCUUGAGAUAUUUGGCAACUUAAGGGAGGAGGAACGAAUCCUUCCACCAAAAGUUGGAAUGGCGGUCCGGAACAAUAUUUAAUUAAUUUGGAGAAGUAAAGAAAAAUUAAAUGUAUCGA